AUGGCUGUUAUCCAAGAAGCGAACGACGACAUGUCUCAACAACCUCAUAAAGAAGUUGUAGUCAACACCAGCAUUGCUGAAAGCGAGGCUGAAGAGUCCGAGGUGGAUGAGGAACACGAGGAAAAUAAUGAAGAAGGUCUUUUGGAUGAAUAUCCUGAUGAUACAGAGGAAAUUGACUGUAUUCAUAUGAGAGUGAGCAGCAUCCCAAACUUGGGAGUGGAAAGAUUCAAACAGCUCAAGGCCAUCUGCCUUCGCCAAAACUUUAUCAUCGAUAUUGAAGGCCUCGAUUCCUUGAAUCAAUUGAACGAACUGGACUUAUAUGACAACAAGAUUUCUCAUAUGCGAGGCUUGAACAACCUAGUCCAAUUACACAAUCUGGAUCUUUCUUUCAACAAAAUCAAACAUAUCAAAAACAUUGAUCAGCUCACUGAGCUCGAAAACCUGUACUUUGUCAGCAACAAGAUCUCCAGAAUUGAGAAUUUAGACACACUUGUCAACAUUACUAACCUUGAACUCGGUGCUAAUCGUAUCAGAAAGAUUGAAAAUCUGGAUCACCUUGUCAAUUUGACUCAGUUGUGGUUGGGCAAGAACAAGAUUACAAAACUGGAGAAUUUGGGCGCAUUGAAAAACUUGAGGUCAUUGAGCAUCCAAAGCAACCGAUUGACCAAGAUUGAGGGACUGGAAGAGCUGCAUAACUUGGAGGAAUUGUACAUGAGUCAUAAUGCCAUUGAAAAGUUGGAGGGCUUGGAUAACAAUCUCAAAUUGAACACAUUGGACAUUGCCAACAACCUACUUGUAACUAUCGAGAAUUUAUCGCAUUUACCCAACUUGGAGGAAUUUUGGGCAAACAACAACAGAUUUGACAAUGAUGUGUAUGACCAAGUUGAGAAGGAAUUGGGGCCUAUCAAGACGUUGCAAACGGUUUAUUUGGAAGGCAACCCAAUGCAUCUCAAAAAUAGAGCCACUUACCGCAACAAGAUCAAACUUGCUUUACCCAACAUCAGACAGAUUGAUGCAACACCUGUCCGAUAA